AUGGAAAGCUUUCAGUUAGCCUCUAAUAAGCUAUCAAAACAAAACCAGUGGUGCUACAUCGGCAAACGAAACGUCGAAAAAGCGAUUUCACUCCACCAAAAUGUCACACCAGGAGGCCACUCCGACAUCUUUUCAAUCAAAUGGCGCACAUACUACCUUGACUACAACCCACACGGGCACAGCGUCCUUAAAAGCGAAUUGGUCCGCGAGAAGCUAGCUGGAAUGACAUCCGAGCAGCGCGAGGAAUUAUCCGCUAACAUGAAAAGUAUCGGACGCACUUUCGGUAUCAGUUUCAUGCAUGGGGAUAACAUGGGCGAUACGCGCAAUGCUCAUCGUCUUGUUUAUCUUGCGCAGGGCCAGGCAUCGGGGCCUGGGGGUAUUACUUCUGAAAUAGUGGUGGAAAAGAUCUUUGAGGCUUAUCAUGAGCGGGGAUUGGAUAUUUCUGACAACGGUGUGCUGCAAAUGGUGGCUGUUGAAGUUGUCUUUGAUCGGAUCCAGGUGGGAGGGUGGCCUGGGAGUAGUCUUGGGGCUGAUGAGGUUGAUGAGGAAGCAAAGGUGAUUAAGUCGGAGUUGAAGUCGGGUGUUCCUGUAUUUAGUAUUCAGUUGAGGUUCCGGGUGGAUGGCUUGGGGAUCCUUCCGAGUUUCCGGACAUAUUUGCAUCAGUGA